AUGUUACCUUUGAGGCACCUAACAUAUUUUGCAUCUUUUGUCUUUAUUUUAUUUUGCUCGUUUUUCUUGGUAAGAGACUUUGUGAAGCUGAAUGAAGAGUUUUCGUCGCCAAAAGGAGACAUUCUCAAAGAAAUCUGGCAAGAUCACUUGGACCAAACUCUCGACGCUGAUACUACUCUCGUGCUUGAUGAAAUUAUUCUAGCGAUAAAAGUAAGCCUCCCAGAGCCGCAAUGUCCGGAGUGUCCAGUUUGCGAAAGAUGUGCAAUUUGUGCGGCUUGUGCGGCUUGUGAGGUUUGUGAUGUUUGCGAACCGUGUGAGAAGAAAAAGUGUCCAAAGCAAAAAGAAUGUCCUGUUGUCGAAUGUGAAGCUGAUGAAAAAGCUUCUAGUGAAAUAUCAGUUGUGGCGCAAGAAAGUUGUUCUGACGAGAAAGAAGAGAUCACUGCGGGAGAUUUAGCCCGGCAACUGCUCGUUACGGACUGGGAAGAAGCUGUUAUUCCGGAUGAUGCGAAGAAUGUGACUUUUGAAGAUCUCCCGGUAAUCAACAACUUUGGAAAAUUCCAGCGCGAUCGAAAAAACUACGACACAAGCCGGAGAGGGUACACUCCACGAAGACUCGUCUGCGAUGAGCUUUCUGAGCACUUGGAAAGUACCCAAAGCAGUCACUGGACAACCGAGUGCACAGGCGUACCGAAAUUUCCGGAAAAUGUCAUCAGCUACAUCAAUUACGGCAUCCCGAAAUCUAUCAUCGAGAAAAUCGAAAAAACUGGAAUGAACAAAACUUCGAUCAAAAAAUUAUCAACGCCUUACGUUUUUCUUGGAGUCGAUCUUUUUGACUUUGAGGAAAGCGAUGCAAACUUCAUCAGAAUGGUCAGAGAAGCAGAAGCUCAAAAUGCCGAUAUAAUUUCUGGAGCCGUUGUUGACGAGCACGGUCACUGGUCGAGUCAUUGCGGACAUGUUCAUGUGAGCAACUACACUUUGGACAUCUGGGACGGGUACUACAAGUCCAUCAAAAGUACCAUGCACUGCGACGUCGGAAACGGCCCGCUUGUUGUCCGAAAAGAGCUGCUCCAAGAGCUCGGCGCCGAGAAAAUCGGUCGGUUGGCGAAAUGGCCAGAUCGGCUAGAAAUUCUUCUGAAGCUUCGGGACAGAGUUCGAUUCAUUCAUUGCCCCGACUGUAUGUUUUAUCAAAAUGAAAACAAAUUGGAAAAAAGUGAUCUUAUGCGGCUGUCAAGGAAAUUCAAGCUGACGAAUUUUAAUUUUGAUAGCAACGAGGAGAACUUUGAAAUGACCUGUAACGAAGCCGGUAUUCAAUGUGGCGAGAAUUUAUAUAACGAGAAAGCUCUUGCACAGCCGCCAUGCUGUUUGAAAGUCUUGACGGGAAUGAACCUCGCCAUCGCUCACGAAUAUAAAACAAAUAGGCUAGACACGUGUGUAUACUGCGGACAAGUUCUAGCAAGUGUCAAGAUGCCAGGUGGACAGCUUCCUUGGGACAAGAACGUUGAUAUGCCUCAUGACAACAGGAUGUAUGCAGAAGCGAAGAAACUGAUCGCUCCGAUUUUGGAUGAAAAAUACGGCUUGCAUUAUGUCGAAGAGGAAUCGGAAGACGAACAGAAACGUGUCACGAUAACGCAUAAAAAGACUGGCUACACUGCGGAAAAUUAUGGAAAGCACAUCGAAACGUAUCAGUGCGGCGGGCAAGUUCUAAAAGGUCGCGCUGAAACGAAAGUUAAAUUGAACGGUUGGUGGUUUCCCGCUCCCGACAACCCCGGAGCCUAUGCCAGAGAAUAUGGAGAUGAAAUUCUUCAACACGUUACGCACUUUGAGGGAGCUGCUUAUGCGGACCUCGAGGCCAAAUUUCCAAGAGAUUUUGUAAUUUUGAACGAAGAAUUCUCGUCGUCAAGAGCAGAGAUUCUAAAGGAAAUAUGGAAUAAUCACUUGGACGAGAAGCUUGAUGCAGAUACAACCCUAGUUCUUGAAGAAAUAUUGGUGGCAAUCAAAGAAAGUACUCAAGUCCCAGCCCCUCAUUGCCCAAAAUGCCCAGAAUGUGAGUCCUGUUCGCCAUGCGAAAAACCGGAGCCCUGCCCGAAGCCUAAGCCCUGUCCGGAAUGUCAAAUUUGCGAAAAAUGCGAUCAAGAAUCUUUCAUUCAAAACAACAAAUCGCUCGUCGAAGAAACUGCCGAAGAUAUUGCAAUUAGACUUCUUAAAACAAACUGGGAAGAUGCAUCGAAUGUACCAGACGAUGCAAAACACGUCGAUUUCGUCGAUAUUCCAGUGAUCAACAACUUCGGCAGCUUCCAGCGGGAUGCAGAAGAUUACAAUAUUUCGCGGACUGGCUACGAGCCUAGACGGCUAGUUUGCGAUGAGCUUUCCGAGCACCUUCCAAAAGUUCAAACGCGUCAUUGGAUUGACGACUGCGACGACGUUCCCAAAUAUCCAGAUGAUGUGCUCAGCUUUAUUAACUUAGGCUUGGAAAAAUCAGUUUCGGAUAAACUUGAAGAUGCGGGACUGAAGAUACCGGGGAAAGAUAUUUCUACUCCAUAUGUUCUACUGGCCAUUGAUCUAUUUGAUUUCGACGCUGAAGACACCAAUCUAAUGCGAAUGGUCAGAGAAGCAGAAGCUCAAAACGCAGAUAUCAUCUCUGGCUCGUCUGUUGAUGAGAAUGGUCACUGGGUGAGCAACUGUGGCCAUAUCCACGUGAGCAACUACACUCUUGAUAUCUGGGACGGAUAUUACAAGUCAAUAAGGAGCAUUAUGCAUUGCGAUGUCGGUUCUGGCCCUAUCGUUGUUAGAAAAGAGCUUCUGGAAGAAAUAAGCGAAGAAGAAAUUAACCGACUCGCAAAAUGGCCUGACCGCUUAGAAGUUCUUCUGAAGCUCAACGAUAGAGUUCGGUUCGUGCAUUGCCCAGACUGCAUGUUCUACCAGAAGGAAAGCAAAGUGGAGCGGAAUAAUUUCAUACGACUUUCGAGAAUGUUCAAACUUACGAAUUUCAAUAUCGAUAGCAACAAGGACAAUUAUGAAUUUACGUGCAACGAAGCGAAAAUUCAAUGCAGUAAGUCGGGAUAUGAAAAUCAAGCGCUUGCACAGCCACCCUGUUGCUUGACCGCUUUGACCGGAAUGAUGAUGGCAGUCGCCGAAGAAUUCGAAAAGCAGAAGCUCGAUCUUUGCCUCUAUUGCGGUCAAAUUCUGGCAAGUAUAAAAAUGCCAGGAGGGCAGCUGCCGUGGGAUACCGACGUAGAUAUGCCGCACGACGCGUUAAUUCACGAAGAAGUAAAGAAGUUAGUCGUUCCAGCUUUGGAGGAAAAGUACGGACUGGAAGUUACCACGGGCCCGAAGAACGGCGAUGGAAAUGAAGGAUUUGUUUUGAUAAGACACAAAGCGACUGGCUUCACUACAGACAACUAUGCAAAAUUUGUGGAAACCACACACUGCGGUCAUCAAGUCCUAAAAGGAAGGGCUCAAACAAAAGUGAAAAUUGACGGUUGGUGGGUUCCUGGGCCGGAUAAUCCUGGCCAGUAUGGAAGAAUUUACGGAGACGAAGUUUUAAAGCACGUGCCUCACGUGGUCUCUUCAAAAACUGCUUAUGGAACUUCUCGGCCAAAAUUUCCCAAAUGCUCUGGUCAACCUUCACAUGCUUGUUUGGACCAAUUUCCGACGGAUGGAAACAUUCAAUUCCGAGGCGACAAAGCAAAACUUUUUACUGUUUUCUAA